GUCGGUGCCGUGGAGCAGCUCCUGGGAGCUGUGCUUGGGGCCCCGUCCUGUCCCCGGAGCGCUGGGCCGGGCCGGGGCCGCCACCUGACUGCGGGGAGCGGGGAGAGGGCGGGGCGGCUCCCCUGCGCUCCCGAGUUUCCCCGAGUUGAGCAAAGAGAGAGGCAGGUCCCGGCGCGGCGCGGGGUGGGAGAAGCGGAUCGCGGCGGAGGAGGAGCGGAUCGGCGCGGGCGUGGAAGAGAGGUGGGCAAGGAGCGAUGACCUUAGCGGGGAGCCGGCGAGGGAGCGGGCCAGAGGCAGAGCGAGCGGCAGCGCGGGAGGAUGGUUGCUGAGAGCCGGAGGAGAGCCGCCCCGUAAUGUCACCAUGAUGUCUCAUGUGAGUGAAAUGUGGUGCUAUCACUGGAAAUGGAAGCUGCAGCACUGUCUCUGCAUGUUAACCACAUAUAUUAUAUGCAUGCAGCAAGCAGCUCAUGGAUGCUAUGACUGUAGGACCGUGCUCACUGACCCUUCUGGAGUUUUCACUUCUCCAUGCUUCCCCAGUGACUAUCCCAACAGCCAAGCGUGCAAGUGGAUCAUCCGAGCACCUCAUGGAUUUAUCAUACAGCUAACAUUUAUUGAUUUCGACAUUGAAGAAGCUCCGGGCUGCAUUUAUGAUUCACUGACAUUAGACAAUGGAGAAAGCCCAAUGAACCUUUGUGGCAUCACUGCCAAAGGAUUAUCCUAUAAUUCUACCGGAAAUGAAAUGAUUGUGUCAUUUAAAAGUGACUUCAGUAUCCAAAAGAAAGGUUUUAAUGCCAGCUAUGUACGAAUUGCUGUGUCUCUGAGGAAUCAGAAAGUCAUCGUUCCCCAGGUUCCUGACAUCGAUGCUGUGUCUGUGGCAGAGACUGUCUCAGUGCCAGAGCUCCGACAGUUUACGCUGUGCUUUGAAGCAACCAAGGGCAACAGCGAUGACAACGACGACUGGAAGGUUUUCUCCUACACUGAUGCAUUGUUGAGAGAGCUCUUCAGCUUCGGGAAGACCACAAAAGGCCAUUUUCUGUCCAUCUCAGGCACACAGUGCAUCCUAAAGAAUGCAUUGCCCCGAAAUGCAGAGUUUUUCACUGGAACAUUUCAACAGCUGUGUGUUGUAUGGGACAGCUUUUUGGGCACUGUAGGUAUAUAUGCCAAAAGCACCUAUCACAUAGUGAACUGUCCAGAGAUCCUUGGCAAGGUUAUCCCUGGAAAUGGUAGGCUGGUGCUGGGCUCUAACAGCAAUGAAGUGAGCUCUCUAAAUGGGGACAUUUACAACUUCCGCCUCUGGAAUUUCACCAUGAAUGCGCAAACACUGGCCAACCUCAGCUGCGAUGUGAAAGGAAACAUUGUAGACUGGGAAAAUGAAUUCUGGAGUAUUCCAACUUCAGCACUGAAAGCAGAAAACAAUUUGAGUUGUGGCUCAUACCUAAUUCCCUCUUCUUCAAUUGAACCAACCAGUUGUGCAAACUUAGGAAGUCUUUGCCAAGCUACUGUAAAUGCUACUACUCCUACACCACCCACUGUCACCACUAACAUGCCUGAUACUAAUAGAAACGAUAAGCCAAACAAUGGUGGGCUAUUCUACAGGAUAUCUAUAGUUGUCUCUAGUUCCAACCCCAACUCGGUGUCAAAAGUCCAUGAUGUCGUUGCAGAAUGGCUGAACCGUACUUUCCAGAACUGGAAUUACACUGUGUAUGUGGUCAAUAUCAGCAUCCACCCUGCCUCCAUAAGAGAGGGAGCAAGACAAAAAAGGAGUAUUAAAAGUUUCAGUGCUUUGGCUCUUCUGGUAUAUAACUCUACCAACAACAUCAAUUUAGAAGAGGAAGACAUCCGACUGAAGCUCAUAAGUAAUAAUCGAACCAUGGAAGAAGGUUACCAACUUCAUACUGUGGAUGUUGAUCCAGUGGAAAAAUGUUUAGCUGAAGAAAACCCUCCAAAUUAUUUUUGGCCAGAUACCAGGCCUACUGUGACCAACUUCACAUUUUGCCACGGGAGCUCAGUUCAGACUGCAUCAAGAACCUGCUAUUUGGGUCUGCAGAAUUAUACAUCAUACUGGGGUCAGCCUGAUCUUAGAAAUUGCACAGAAAAUGCAGCAGAUAUCGCCAAUCAGCUUCUGAAUCUCACUGGUGAGGGACAGCAGCUGACCUCAGACAAAGUAAAUGACGUUGUGCAGAAGCUCAAAAAAAUUGUGAACGAUGAAGAAAUCGAUGAAUCUCUGGGUUCUACCGUGGUGACAAUUUUUUCCAAUAUUCUGACCAGUUCAGACAGUGUAUUGGCAGCCUCAUCUUCAGAAGCUCUAAAAACUAUCGAUGCCUUGGCUUUAAAGAUCCAUUUUGCUGGACCAUCCAUGAGUAUUUCAACACGAAAUCUCGCACUUGGAGUGUCUUCUAUAAAUUCAACUUCAUUCAAAGGUGGUUCUUUCAGCGUCAGUCCACAGAAUAAUGCAUCUGAUUUCCAGAUAGAUUUUGAUAAGGAUCAGUCAAGUGCUAUCGCCUCGGUUGUUCUGCCACCAAGUUUACUGAAGAAUUUAAGUCAAGAUGAGUUUGAAGUUAUAUCCAGGGCUCAGUUUACUUUCUUCAAUAAAAAUGGUCUUUUUCAGGAUGCAGAAAAUCCUGCCAAUUUGACCAGUUUUGUGGUGGCAUGCAGUAUUGGAAACUUAACCAUUCAGGAUCUUCAGGAUUACGUGAAGGUUACAAUCAAGCAUACCAAAAUUCAGGAAGAUCCUAAACCUACCUGUGUCUUCUGGGAUAUGAACAAAAAUGGUGGCAAUGGUGGCUGGAACCCUGCGGGCUGCCAGGUGGAUGCAGAGUCCAAUGAAAAUGAAACUGUGUGCUUAUGCAACCACCUCACACAUUUUGGGGUCCUAAUGGACCUGCAGAGAACCGUGACACAAAUCGACCCACAGAACACCAAGGUCCUGACCUUUAUCACUUACAUAGGCUGUGGAAUAUCUGCUAUAUUUUCAGCUGCAACUCUUCUGACAUACAUUGCAUUUGAGAAAUUACGAAGAGAUUAUCCAUCCAAAAUCCUGAUGAAUCUGAGCACAGCCCUGCUCUUCCUUAACCUGAUUUUUUUGCUUGAUGGCUGGAUUGCAUCCUUCGAUAUUGAUGGCCUCUGCAUAGCUGUAGCUGCACUUUUGCACUUUUUUCUUCUGGCCACCUUUACAUGGAUGGGAUUGGAAGCUGUUCACAUGUACAUUGCUCUAGUGAAGGUGUUCAACACGUAUAUACGGCGAUACAUACUGAAGUUUUGCAUCAUUGGCUGGGGUUUGCCAGCUCUGGUGAUAGCAAUCAUUUUAGCAAGUGCUAAUACAAAUGCAAGUCAUGUUUAUGGCAAAGAGUUAUAUGGCAGAGAUGCUAAUGGGCAAGGAGGAGAUGAUUUCUGCUGGAUCAAGAAUGAAGUUGUCUUUUACGUGACUUGUGCUGGCUACUUCGGAAUCAUGUUUCUGAUGAAUGUUGCCAUGUUUAUUGUGGUGAUGGUGCAAAUCUGCGGGAGGAAUGGGAAAAGAACCAACCGGAGCCUGAAGGAAGAGAUCUUGAGGAACCUCCGUAGCGUGGUCAGCCUGACCUUCCUCCUGGGCAUGACAUGGGGCUUUGCCUUUUUUGCCUGGGGUCCCCUAACUCUUGCUUUCCUGUACCUCUUCUCAAUUUUCAAUUCAUUGCAAGGCUUGUUUAUAUUUGUAUUCCAUUGUGCUAUGAAAGAAAAUGUGCAGAAACAGUGGAGGAGACAUCUCUGUUGUGGCAGAUUCCGACUGGCAGACAAUUCAGAUUGGAGCAAAACAGCAACCAAUAUUAUAAAGAAGAGUUCUGAUAAUCUUGGGAAAUCCUUAUCCUCUAGUUCCAUCGGCUCCAAUUCAACCUACCUAACAUCCAAAUCAAAAUCUACAACAAACACAUAUUGCAAACGAAACAGCCAUACAGAUAAUGUCUUCUAAGGCCCUUUCCUCAUCAGUGGUGGAGCAUUACAGAGAAUGUUUUUCUUGACAAGCCAUCUUCAAAAUUUGCCCAAGAGGAUGGAGAACAGACAUCAAUCAUCCCUGUCCACCAGGUUAUUGACAAGGUCAAAGGAUACUGCAAUCCUCACUCCGACAACUUCUAUAAAAAUAUCAUCAUGUCCGACACAUUUAGUCGCAGCACAAAGUUCUAACUGGGCUUCUAAUUUACUAGUUUUUUUAAAUCAAAAGAAAUACAAAAAGUCUACCUGAAAUUGAGAAUAUUGGAUGUCAUAGAAUGUGACCUGUUCAGUUAUUUUUUUCCCAGUUUAUAGUGUUCUCCUGCAAACAGCUUCCACUUACGGACUGAUUUUUUAAAAAUUUUACUACUGUAGAAAACAGCAAUUUUCUACCAUGGUAUUGAGCUGUUUUUAAAUUUACAGCACAUACUGUAAAUGCCAGCCAGCCAACAAGAUGCCUGGACAGCUAAUAGUAACCCUGUGUAAAUAUCUUUUAAGACUGAAGGGCCACAAGCCUAACUUUAAAUUAUGUAAUCCAAACAGAAGCAAGUCUUGACUCCUGGAGAAAAUAGCAGACAUGUCAUGCAGUACAGGCAAGCUUCUAUUGUGCAGUUAGCUGAUGGUCUUUUUCUUUUGAAAAAUACGUAUUUUCCCUAUGACAUCUGUUAGAGUCUUGCUUCUUGAAUGUCUAGUGCUGUUCUUUAUUUAUAAGUGAGUAAAACCCUAGUACCACUUAAAGGAUUAUUUUAAACCAUUUCUGCCUAAAAAGACCUGAUCAUGAAAACCUUACUCACCAAAACAGUAUGUGCUGUAAAUGCAGGCCAAUUUGUACCCAUAUACAUAGAAAAACAGUUUACACCAAGUUGUGUUUCAGCAUUUAUUGAUUGGUAUGUAUGAAAUGCAGUGUCUUCCAUCUCGAGUCAACAUUUAAUGUUCUUUUUUCACAAAACAAAAUAACAAAAAGAUGUUCAACUAUAUAUAGAUAUAUAAAUAUAUACCUAGAACUCUCUCUAUACACAUAUUUUUAUAAUAAUACACACAGUAAGUAUGACAACGUAUACCAGAGACAAUCUAAAAACUAUGGACGGUGCUAAAACUUAAGUUUAAAUAUUUAAAUGCAACAUGAAUUCUUUGUAAAGCCAUGAGUUUGUCAGUCUCUGUGCUUCACAUAUACUGUAUGUAUAGAUGCCUCCAUCAGAUGGCAUUGCAGCAUUAGGAUAACCUGGAAUAUGUGUACUAAAAAUAAAUAAACAGCAUUUUUCUGGGCACAUAACUUUAUCAGUAUCAGUAUCCCUCUGUUGCCCUGUUGCAUUACAUGAUGGAGGUUGUUGGAUGCACAGAGUUUAAAUGGUGUUCAGGCAAUAUUAAGGAAUUCCACAUUGCUAUACUGUGUCCAUAAUGACACUGAGGGCUGAGGGGGUGUGUGUGCAGAGAACAGACAAGAGCAUAAAAUGCUUACUUGUUUUACUCUCUAUAAAUGUGUGACAUAUUAGCAAGUGAGCUUGAGUGCCAAAAGGGUAUCUCUCCUCAUGAACCAUGUUUCACCCCAUGAUAAGCUUUAUAACAACUGUACCUGCACAUGUUUCUGAAGGCAUGUGCUGAAACAUAAAAGGUUUUUUCAAGUACUGCUUUCAGAGGACGAUGUCUCAUAAUCAAUGUUUUAAUUUUUAAAAUUAUCCCUUUUUUUAACCAAAAUAUUUUUAGCCACAUAUUUAAUUAUUUUAAUUCAGAGAGCAUAAAUUUGUGCUGAGAUUUUUCUGUUGCCAAGCAGGUGGAUGCUCAGUGAUUAGGGAUGUGGAUUUGUGCUUUCUCUGCUCUUUGCACUUGCUUUUGUGUGCAGAGAUCAUUUAAUGCUGUGACCACACAAAUGGCACGUUUUCCCUGGCUGCAAACACCUGGUGGGAGGAGCAUGUCCUGACGGUAUUCCACCCAGGAACACUGCUGUCGCUACACGGACCUGAAUGAAACCUCAGUCUCAUAACUGCAAAUAUAUUUGUGGUGUAUGAAUGGAAGUCAACCCCAUUCACUGAAACUCUAAUUUAAAAAGGGAUGAGUGUUGUCAGAUAUCUUUAAUAAUUGAAAUAAUUUACAGAACAAUUAUAUACAAGCAUUUACUGAACUUAUAUUUUAUCAUCCCACUUGCUUAACUACUGUAGAUAAUAGUGUUCACAUAGCAGCUUACUGUGAGGUUUCUACCUGAUUCAGAUGUUCGGAAGUGAAGAAAAGAAAAACCAAACAUUCCUGAAAAAAUGAGGAAUCAAUAAAACAUAAUAGAUAAUAAAAUAUAAAUAAAAAGAAAACACAGUAUCCUGAAUGAAGCUGAGCUGUAACCUAUCAUUUUAAUGUACAUCUACCUGUAUUUUUUGCUGAAUUAAGAUAUUUUUUCUUUUUUUUACUACCAUGUAGUAAUCUUAAACUGUCUGUGUCACUUAGUUGCUCUUGAAUGCUCUCAAUUCUACAAUGUAUAGCUUCUGUACAUGCUGUAACCUCCCUUGUACAUAUUUAUUUAUUUGUGAGGUUAAAUAUGUCAAAUAUACUUAGCACUAUAAUGACUGUUCUUGUUACUUUAAUGCUAAGUUUCUGCUUCAUCAUAGAAGAAGAGGGAAAGAAUAAUUUCUUUUAUGUUUUUUUCUAAAUAACUUGUGAAACCAUUUACUGUAGCUCUAUCUUUGGCAACUUUCAGGAAACUUGUCAGUGUAAUUUGUGAUACUAGUCAGUGAAAUAUAAUGUAACAGGUUUGAAGAUGGACUAAAAUGGAAAGAAACAUUUUCAAGUAAACAUUUUUUAUGUUAGUGUUCCAAAUAAUUAAAGCCUUUUAAUAGUGAA